AUGACGUGGUGGGGUAAACCGAAGGAGCAGCCGAAGGAGCAGUCGAAAGAGCAGCCGAAGGAGCCAAAGCCCGCGCAGUCGCCCGAUGCAAACAGCGCCGCGCAGCCGCCGGCCUUUGACCCAGACAAGCUACCCCCCAGGGAGAGGCUGCCCGAACGACUGCAGCAUAUUAUAGACAAGUCGGACAAGGACAGCUCCUUUUUCGACGACGUCAUUGACGGAUAUGCACCCGCAACCACAGACACGAAGCUGCGAUAUGCCGCCUACGCAACCCGGCUCCGGACCAUCCUGCUCUCUGCCCAUCGCUACGUUGCCUAUACCUCUGAUAUCGGGGAAUCGUUCCGUCCGGUAGCCCAUCCCAACGUUGUCCGGGCCGCGUAUGGCAUCUCUUGGCUCUACAUUCUCGGAGAUGUGUCGCACGAAGGGUACCGAGCCUACUGGCACAAUCAGCGGGUUAGGAACCCGAAUCUGCGUCCCUCGGCUCACCAGGAGGAAAGCGCUGCGACGCCUGCGCUGCAUGACUCGCGCCCGAGGCCAGGUGUAGUCAGCCCUUUGGAAGACUGGCGGACCGUAAUGGUACAGAGAGGUAUAUUUCAGAGCAUAGCCAGCAUGGGUCUUCCGGCCUUUACCAUUCACAGCGUGGUCCGAUAUUCGGGAAGAGCUCUCAAGAAGGUGAAGAACCCUACGCUGCGCACUUGGGGACCCAUUGGUCUUGGCUUGUCCGUCGUUCCCUUCCUGCCCAGGAUGUUCGAUGGGCCGGUUGAGAGCGCAGUAGAGUGGGCUUUCCACAAGGGCUUUCAAGCUUUUGGUGGUGCGGACUAUGUGGGCGACGCACCUGCUACCGGACGAGAAGACCUUCUCAACAAGGACGUCAAGACCAAGACUGACUGA